AUGUCAAAGGUGGGUGUUCUUGCUUUGGGACCAGCAGGUGUCGGCAAAAGUACGUUUUGCAACUCUCUGGUCGCUCACAUGCAAACUGUUGGGCGGACAGCCCACAUAGUGAACCUGGAUCCGGCCGCAGAUCCAACAGAAUUUGAAUUCAGCAUAGAUAUAAGAGACUUGAUUUCGCUUCAGGAUGUCCAGGAAGAACUCCAUCUAGGACCAAACGGGUCGCUGCUAUACUGUUUUGAGUUUCUGUUGGACAACCUUGAUUGGUUGGAUGAGCAAAUUGGAGAUUACAACGACGACUACCUCAUUUUCGACUGUCCCGGGCAGAUCGAACUCUACAGCCACGUUCCUGUUCUACCAGUGAUAGUGAAGCAUUUACAACAACAACUGGGGUUCAGCCUUUGUUGCACAUAUCUAUUAGAGGCACCGUUUGUGAUAGAUAACUCGAAGUUCUUUUCGGGAGCAUUGCAGGCCAUGGCUGCGAUGAUUUUCCUGGAAUUGCCACACAUAAAUAUUCUUUCCAAAACCGAUUUGAUCAGAGAUACUGUAUCAAAAGCGCAACUCAAAAAGUUCCUGAAUCCAGACCCAUUGCUUUUGGAACAAGCAAACGAGCAGGAAGAAGGUUACAUUUCGAGUAACCCGAAAUAUGCUCGGUUGAAUAAAGCUAUUGCUCAAUUGGUCGACGACUUUGGAAUGGUCCAAUUUCUACCCCUUGAUUGCUCGGACAAGGAUAAAAACGACACAGUCAAAUCAAUUUUGAGUUACAUUGAUGAUGUGACACAAUGGAGCGAGGCGCAGGAGCCAAAGGAGCCCAACGAUGAAAUUGAAGUGCCGGAGGAAGAUGCCGAGUGGCAAUAG